GGAAGUUUCUCAAGAGCCUAGCGACCGGGAGCGCGCCGAGCCGUAAGUUAAUACACAAAGGCGAGUUGCCGUGAGAACAGUUUGCCCUGUAAACAUUCACAUAAUGUUUGAGUCCCCGCGUACAUCGAUAAAUGUUCUCAACGCAUGGUCUGAAAGCCAGGAAGAGUUGCACGAGACGCAACCGGUGUCUCCUCGCGGGACGAGAAAGCGCGUCAAGACGAAAAAGAAAAGAAGAAAGCAACAGCGAGGCGAGAAACGCUCCGUCUCGGCCCCUCAGUUAUGCACCGACGACGCUUUCCCCGCCAACGGAGAUCCGAAAGAUACGAAAUAUCGACCCGAUGAGCCGAUUGUGCGAGGAAUCUUCCAAAUCGGAAAGAAAAGCCACGACGUGGUUCUCACGGCAACACGGGUAACUUGGACCCCCAUCCAACCCGAAAGCCCUACAGCUGAUCAUGAUGUGAUGAAGCAAGAAGAAUACGUGGAGCUCAAGGACGUGUUUGCUGUGAAGGUAAAACGGCGACGCUCUGCGGGGCAGCAGAAGGGCGGCACUCUGCUGGGCAUCACACUUUUCCAGUGCAAGAGGAAAGGACUCAAACUCAAGGACCAUGCCAUCCACCUCAACAACCUGAGCGUGGACCACUGUGAGAUCUGGUUCAAAACCCUCAAAGAGAUCCUCAACGAUUUCAAGAACCGUCCCAAGUCUCUCAAAGUCUUUGUGAACCCCACCAGCCACAAAAAAGAGGCGUACCAAAUCUAUCUGAACGAGGUGGCCCCACUCUUCAAACUCGCCGAUAUACAAGUUGAUGUCACCAUCACCGAGAGAAAGGGCCACGCUCUCUCCAUCCUGAAAGACUGCAGCUUGGAGGACUAUGACAGUGUGGUAUGUGUUGGGGGAGAUGGCUCUGUGGCUGAAGUGGCCCACGGGUUGCUUCUCCGGGCCCAGAUGGACGCUGGAAGGGACACAGACUCCAUCUUCACGCCUGUCCAAGCAGCACUUCCUCUCGGCAUAAUACCAGCAGGUUCUACUGAUGUGGUGGCAUGCUCAGUGCAUGGAAAGAGACACGCAGUGACUGCAGCCAUGCACAUUAUCAUGGGGCAUCAUCAGCCUGUGGAUAUGUGCAGUUUUAGCUCUAUGGGUCGACUGGUGAAGUUCGGUUUCUCUGCCAUGUUUGGUUUUGGUGGGCGGAUGCUUGCACUGGCAGAGAGACACCGCUGGAUGCCACCCAGCCAGCGCCGCGAGUUCGCUCUCAUUAAAACACUGGCAAACCUCAAACCUGAAGACUGUGAACUGUCCUUCAUAACCAGCAGAGGAACCGAGGAACAGACAAAAGCUGAACCAAAUGGAGAUGGAGACAUUUGUGUGGAUGACUCCUGGCAGACCAGACAAGGUCUCUACCUGAAUGUCAGCAUCAUGGCUAUUCCUUGCCUGUGCUCCAUGGCCCCGAGAGGCCUGGCUCCAAACACCAGGCUAAGUAAUGGCAGUAUGGCCCUGAUAGUGGUUGGCAACACAUCCAGAUCAGAGUUCAUCAAGCACUUGAAGAGAUACAGCAGCACAAACAAUCAGUUUAGUUUCUCGUUUAUUGAGACACACACUGUAAAGGCAGUGAGACUGCGCUCACGCUCUCAGGGAAGUUGGGCUGACGACGAGGAAAACGAAGAGUGUGAUUCCAAAACCACGCCUAUCAUCUCUUCAGAAGGAACACACCCCUGGAACAUUGAUGGAGAUCUCGUAGAGGUCCCAUCUGAACUAUUGAUCAGAGUUCAUCCCCAGCUCCUCACGCUCUUUGGAGCAGACAUGGAGGAGGCAGAUGAGUCGCCAGUUAAAUGCAGCUGUAUCUGAACACACACACACACACACACACACACACACAUAGAAAAGCUUACAGUAUACUAGUAGUUACAUAUGGUGAGAAAUUAAACAAAGCUUUAAGGUGUACAUAGAAAAUUUUAUGUCAAAGUAAAAACAUGACACAGUACAUUCCAGUGCAUAUGAAUUUAAAUUAAACCAAAUUACAUUUUUCAGCGUAAUUUGUAUAUUUUUGUUUUUUAAAGACAGCAAAUAACAAAAACCUUUUAUUAUCAUGAACUUAAUAAAAAUAUAGAUUAAAAGAAGCAGUGUGCUUUUUGUAUACAAUUCCCUGAACAGUAAAGAGGAGAGUGAACAAGGAAGCUUGUUAUUUGGAGCUUGCUUCUUUAAUGUCUUGGAAAGCACAUAUGACUAGCAACCCAUCCCGAUACAACCUGAUGUUGUAUCCAAUCUAUGAACUGAAGAUUAUAUACAUUAUAAAUACAUUUUCAUGCACUUCUUUUUAAGAGACCAGCCAAAGCUUUAAUUGUCAUAAGGGUUGUCAGUGCCAACAACCCUUUCGUGUCUCACUCACACAAAAAUACAUCCUGCAUCCCAUUAUGAGCAGGCCCAGAUGAAAUCACCCCAUGGCAAAUCCAUGUAAUUUUAAACAUUGUAAAAUGCAUUUAACAGAUUUAACAGUACUGCAGUCUUAAUGAUAGCUGAAUGCAUAAUUACAGUUGUUCUAGUUUUAAAAAUGUAAUUUGCUUAAUUUUGGUUUAUUUAGCAUUGCACCACAAAUUGUUCCAUCUCCCUAUAUAAUAACACACAUCAUUUACCAGAAUUUUUUUUUUUUUUUUUAAUAAUCAAUCAGGCACCUGCUUCUCAUCUAAUUAGAAGGCCCUUUUUGA